AUUAGCUGCGACCGAGGGCCCGGGAGGCAACCACGCCGACAGGCCAAGCUCAGAUUGGCGGGAGUUGCUGUCAGUCAGCGGGAACAGACAUCCCCUCUCUAUCUGGCCAACUGCACCGAAAAAUUGUCGAGUAUUUCCAGCAGACAAGGCGGUGGCGGUUUUAGCUGCUUGUUCCAGAGAUCAGAAACAUCGGAGAAGGCAAUCAUAUUUACCGAUCAAGAAAGCCCCUCCCUUGUCCUCCAUUAGCUAAUUAAAAAUUUUACAGGAACAUAACCAUCACAAGUUGCAUCAUCUUUCUUGAAGAUAUUCCAUUAUUAUUCCACUGACCUGUCCCUCAUCACUAAGUCCAUUGGAUCUGAGUUAUGUCAACAGCUGCCUUAAUUACUUUGGUUAGAAGUGGUGGUAACCAGGUGAGAAGGAGAGUGCUGCUAAGCUCCUGCCUGCUACAGGAUGACCGGCUAUUGACGCCCACCUGCCACAGCUCCACCUCAGAGCCCAGGAGUUCUCGGUUUGACUCAGACGGUAGUGGGCGUCCAGCCACCUGGGACAAUUUUGGGAUCUGGGAUAACCGCAUUGGUGAACCAAUUCUGCUACCACCCAGCAUUAAAUAUGGCAAGCCAAUUCCCAAAAUCAGCUUGGAAAAUGUGGGCUGCGCCUCGCAGAUUGGCAAACGGAAAGAAAAUGAAGACCGUUUUGACUCUGCUCAGUUAACGGAGGAGGUCCUGUACUUUGCAGUGUAUGAUGGUCAUGGGGGACCGGCAGCUGCUGAUUUCUGUCACACCCACAUGGAGAAAUGCAUUAUGGAUUUGCUUCCUAAGGAGAAGAACUUGGAAACUGUGUUGACUAUGGCUUUUCUAGAAAUAGAUAAAGCCUUUUCGAGGCACGCCCACCUGUCUGCUGAUGCAACCCUUCUGACCUCUGGGACUACUGCAACGGUAGCCCUAUUGCGAGAUGGUAUUGAACUGGUUGUAGCCAGUGUUGGGGACAGCCGGGCUAUUUUGUGUAGAAAAGGAAAACCCAUAAAGCUGACCAUUGACCAUACUCCAGAAAGGAAAGAUGAAAAAGAAAGGAUCAAGAAAUGUGGUGGCUUUGUAGCUUGGAAUAGUUUGGGACAGCCUCAUGUAAAUGGCAGACUUGCAAUGACAAGGAGUAUUGGAGAUUUGGAUCUUAAAACCAGUGGUGUGAUUGCAGAACCUGAAACAAAGAGGAUUAAGCUCCAUCAUGCUGAUGACAGCUUCCUGGUCCUCACUACAGACGGAAUUAACUUCAUGGUGAAUAGUCAAGAGAUUUGUGACUUUGUCAAUCAGUGCCAUGAUCCCACCGAAGCAGCCCAUGCGGUGACUGAACAGGCAAUACAGUAUGGUACAGAAGAUAACAGUACUGCAGUAGUAGUGCCUUUUGGUGCCUGGGGAAAGUACAAGAACUCCGAAAUCAACUUCUCAUUCAGCAGAAGCUUUGCCUCCAGUGGACGAUGGGCCUGAUCGCUCACUGGGACUGAGAUUUUCUGUGUAAUAGUUUGUUCACUGAGCGUGUCAGGAAACUGCUAAGAUCAAAACAGUCACCUGUACCAGCGUGGCCCUUUGACUAAGUCAGUACGCAAGUCAGUGUAAACCUAGUAACCAUUUACAUAGUAGAGUUUCAUAAAUACCUAUCAUAUGUAUGUUCAGCUUAAUAUGCUAAGUAUAAAGAUACGUGUAAUUAUGCUAUUGUGACUCUCCAAGUUGAAUGAAGAAUGGGUUUCAUGAGCAAAUGAGAAAUGGUUUUGAUACACUUGAUGAGAGUGUUAAAUUUAUAAUUUUUAAGACUCUUAGGCAGCUGUGGGUUUCUUUUGGUCAUUUUUGUUCUUUAUUCACUUGAACAGGUUCUUGUCUUCAAGUUCUUCAAAUUGGUCAGUAUUUUGACAGCUAUUCAGUGUGUUACCCACAAGUGUUUAUUUUUAACAUCUGUACCAAGGAGUAGGUGUAAAAACUGAGGUUUUUACCAUAUUUUGCAUUCUGGACCACUUACUGGUAAAUGUAACAAUACAAAAGAAAUUAUUUCAGAUACUAUGGCAUGGCUGAAUGAUAUACCUAUUUAUGAACACUGUACUUGUGUAUUUCAACUGUGUCACCAGGGCCUUGCCAUCAUUCAUUCCUGUUUUUCUGUAGGUAAGAAUACUACAUAGAUGUGACUAAUUUCUUAAUCUCAGAAAAGAAUGCAUAGUUUGAGUGCUUUGGUCAAAGCAAUACAAAGUUAAAUACUGACGGUAUCAAGUAUUUUGUAUAAAGCUUUCAUUUGUUAUCUCUAACUUGAUGUUUUGUGUUUGGUAUAUACUACGUGUAUAUCACUUUUUGUAUAGAGUAAGCCAGUUAGAUAUCUUGUUAGUUAAAAUAAUACCACAGUGAAGCAUAUUACUAUAGACAUAGCUUGAUUUAUGUCUUCUUUUUCUCGUUCCAAAGACUUAACAAUAAAAAAUAAAUCUAAAGCACACAUGAAAACAUUCUCUAUGUAUUUCAGUUUGCUGCGUAAUUUAGCAAUGUAAAAUCGUAUUUCCUUUUUUCUGCAUGUUUUUGCUGUUAAAAUGUGAAUCUCUAAAUGUGUGUUUGAAAUUUUAUCUGCAGUUUAUUUCUGCAUAUUAUCUAAGUGUGGUAUAUGUGGUUAUUUGUAUAGAUGUAUAUUUUGGAGUUUUAUAACAUUAAAGGGAACAAUACUACAUAGCUUCUUCACCACUUACCUUUAAAUUAUUGCUAUGAGAAGCUGAGGACAGUUUUCUUAUAGUGUAUAAUCAAUCAGUGGUUAUUGGCAGUUGAGGAAACAUUAAAAAUGACAGUAGAAAAAUACUUUGUUUGGUAAUUCACCUGGAAAACUUAGGAACAGAGUCAGCAUGUUGAAGCUACAUUACUAUUUGGUAAUUUGCAUAUAUAUAAUAGGAUGUGAAAAUGUAUUGAGUGUUAAAAAUGGCAUAGAGUUUUGUUGUAGAAAUAAAAGAAAAAGAAACCAAAAAGAAAAAGUUGAGGUAGUACAUACCUUCAACUCUCAGUUAUCAGAGUUGAUUUUUUUUUUUUUCCUUUAAGCUUUAUUUGAAGACUUAUUAGAAGGAAGAGGGCCCAAGAUAAACAUUCACAUCUUUUGUUCACCUUCUCAGGAGUAGAAGAAAAUAAAAUUUGAGUUUUCUUGUCUAUGUUACUCAGGAAUUGUCCUUUAAAGAAAAACAGCACUAAAUAAAUACUUCAUUUUUCCCCCUCAAGGAGGUUAGAUGAAAGAAGGAAAAGCAUUACAGGAAAGACUAUAGUCUCCUAUUCAUUGUUUGAGAAAUAAGGAACCAAAGGUAGACUAAGAAAGCUGGAAAAUAGGCUUGCUCUUGCAAUAGAUCUUGCAGAGAAACAUGGAAGCUCCAUUUAGGAAUAUGGAGAAUUUCCAAUAACAAACAAAAACUCUUAAAUCACAAAAAUGACAUUCUACAGAUGCAGGUUUCAUUUUUGUUUUAAAUUCUUCAUAUUUCUAUUCCUCCUUAUAUUACUUUAAAAACUAAAUUAGGGAGUGAUGUUAUCAAAUUCAAAAGCCUAAGAGUCAUUGAUGGAUUGAGGUGGAUUGUCAGGUUUGACAAAGAGGAAUUUGUAGGACCAUGAUCUGGGGUGGACUUUGCUCUGCUUCACCUGGAAACUUUUUAAAACCCUAAACCAGCCAACUUUGACUAAAGGAAA